AGACAGGCUGUCUCUGACCCCACUUGGUUUUACGCACUGCCUUUGAUGACUAGAAGCGCCGGAACAAGAGCGUAAAAACUUCCUAAAAGAAAAUAAUAAAGCAUAAAGUUAAACUCUAAACGACAAAAAAUAUAUAUAUUUCUGUGUUGGGAAGGAAUUUUCACAAAAAAUGUCAGUGGUGAGCGCUCUGCCUUUCCUCAAGCCCGGCCGCCAGCGCCGGCACACACUCCCGGCUAGCGAGUUCCGCUCGCUUAGCCCAGAGGACGCUAUCAGCGUGUUCGAAAUCGAGAGGGAAGCGUUCAUUUCUGUGUCAGGAGAGUGCCCGCUUCACCUUGACGAGGUGCGUCAUUUCCUCACUCUGUGCCCCGAGCUGUCCCUCGGCUGGUUCGAGGAGGGGCGACUGGUGGCUUUCAUCAUCGGAUCGCUGUGGGACCAGGAUAAGCUAAACGUGGAUGCGCUGACCUUGCACAAGCCCCACGGCACCACCGUGCACAUCCACGUGCUGGCGGUGCACCGCACCUUCCGGCAGCAGGGCAAGGGCUCCAUCCUGAUGUGGCGCUACCUGCAGUACCUGCGCUGCCUGCCCUACGUGCGCCGCGCCGUGCUCAUGUGCGAGGACUUCCUGGUGCCCUUCUACCACAAAUCCGGCUUCAAGGUGCUGGGGCCCUCGGACAUCACCGUGGGGCCCCUGACCUUCGUCGAGAUGCAUUACCCCGUGCGAGGCCACGCCUUCAUGCGACGCAACAGCGGCUGCUGAACGACACCCCCCCCCCACCACCACCACCCCGCCACGCCCCCCCCCCCCCCCGUCCGGGACCCGAUCCGCACGCGUCUCAAGGCGAACAGAGCGGGAGGAGACCGUGACUCAAUUUUGGGGAACGUACAGUCCGGGGAACGUACAGCUUCUUGUUGCCGUGGGCUACAGUAGUGUAUAUGUGUGUUUGUGUUUGUGUGUGUGUGUGGGGCUAGCUAUUUCUCGGUGUUGGGCAGUAGAGUAUGUCUUUAUGCCUUGUGGAUGUUACGGAAGUUAGAUGACCCCCCAACAGAGACAGGAAUGGCUCUUCCUAGCUCUUCACAUGUAUUAAAUUUGUUGCUGCUUCAUGCUGCUUAACUUAUCCCAUCACUAGGCAGUCCAGUUCCUCACCCAAUCAUAAUAAAGUAUCUUCAGUUUAUUCAUAAUAUUAGAGAUCCUCGUUACUCUGGGUAAUACUUAAAGGUAUAAAAGUAGUUAUUUCAUUAUUGUAUCAUAUAACAAUCUUUUUUUAUACGCACAAAAUUCUGUUUAUUUCCCCCCCCCCCCUCCAAAAUAUGUCCUUUAAAAAAUAAUUUUUUAAUUUAAAUUACAUUUUUAAUUAUUUUUUUAAAAUACUGUAGAUGUUAGGUGUGUCCUCAGGACAGGCAGGCAGUUGGGGCAGAACCAGGCUUUUUCAUACACGAGCCUUGUAUGCGCCUUUGUUUUCAGACGCACGGGGUCACCCAGCUUUUGUCCCCCUGUUCCCUUCCUGUAGCUGCUCUGGUUGUUGUGUAUUUAAUGCAAACAUUAAAGAGGAAUCAAGUUCACGUCCCCUUUCACUGUGGUCUCUUGUGAUCCAAGGAGCAAGGAAGGACACCGAGCGCCUGCCUGUGCUGGCAGAAGAGCUCAGGGGUUGGACUACGUGCUCAGGGCGAUUUCCUGAAAAACUGGACUUUUAAAAUGUUUUGUUUUUUCCCCCUCCCUUCCCCCCCAUCACAGCUGUUUUUGUUUGCAUGUCUUUUGUAUGUAAGCACUGGGUAGCCAGCUGAGCUGUAAAGUCGGGUGCAGAGGGUGUCAGGUUUUCCAAAAUGGCUUUCUGCUUCCUUCAUCAACAUUUGCUUUUCACUGCAGUUUUCAUUAUCCAUGUGAAAUGCAGACAACAAAAAAAAAAUGACUUCAGUUGGAUUAUUUGCCGUGUCUCUUUGUACUUUGACCGGGACAUGGGUAAGGCUGGCACAAGGAACAUCGUGCUCACCACUGAAGCAGCUCAAGAAGCAGACCUGGUGUUUAUACCGUAGUUUGAGAGCUUAAAGAAGCACAGUGACCAUUUUGUCUGAGUUUGUAGAUGCUACAAUGUAGUCGUCGUCGUAGGGCUUACAAGUGCAUCUGUUUAUUAACUGGGGAUUAUUUUGUAUGCGUUUGCUAUGCAAGGUUCAAAAUGAAAUUCAGUAGACCUAUACUCAUAAGCUCUUCAAAAUGAAUAGCAAGAACAAUCUGGAUUUGAGUAUUUUAUGGAGAAGAGAGAAAUCAGUGACUGGAGUGUGACUUCAGUCUUUUCUGUGAUCAGUUUUCCCAUGUGUUCUUUUCUGAUGAUGGUUUCCACCUGAUAACCCUUAUCCAACAUACCUAUAAGCUUCCCUUGCCUUUCCAGUAGAUAUCCUCCACCUCUACCUCCAGCGAGUCUUGAAUCAAGACAAAUACAUUUUAUAUAUUUUUUUUGUAAAUGGAAGAAUAAAGAACUUUAUUUUUUAAA